AGACAUGGGUUUUCUUCUGUUACUACUAUUUAUACUAGAAGUUCACUCACUGAACAUUUCGCAUGUUAUCGAAGUGUAUACCAGCGCUUGUGGAUCUAAACUUUGUGAUCGCUCUGAACAACCGGAUGUUAUCAAGAAAUUGGAUAUAUCUAAAUGCCCUCGUUGUUAUUGUGACAAACGAUGUUUUUCUCGGGGGGAUUGUUGUCCUGAUUUCUUUUUUUCUUAUCAGUUAAAAUGCACAAACACAAACAUUGUAGAAAAGAGUCCUCAUAAAAACAGUACUUUUGUGCUGAUGGUUGAUACGUGUCCAUCAUUUGCCGACAACAAAACAAAGUACCUAUGCGAAAAGAAGAACGACGAUUUAAUAGAUCAAAUACAAAAUUUACCGGUAACUGAUUCAAGGAAUAAUUUGAUUUAUAGAAAUAUUUAUUGUGCGUUGUGUCAUAAUGAAACUAAAGAAAAUUUUAGAAAGUGGCAGCUAGAAAUUCAAUGUUUAGAUUUCGCCGAUUUCAAUUUUCUAUCAUCAUAUGAAGAAAUCUUCAAUACCGUCGAUGACAAAAGAUGUAACAUUGGUUUCCACACCGAUAUUCCGACACAGGAUAUACCGGUAUGUAACUCGGCGGAAGAAACACGAGUUCAUAAAUGCAAUAUUACUGGUACAUGGACUAAGUAUGAUUCAGAUGUAAAAACAGCAUGUGAGACAUAUAAUCAGAAAAGUUAUCGCUUUUUCAAGAACGUGUUCUGUUUUAUAUGCAACCCUCCACGCAACCAAGAUAAUUUUAUUUCUCAAUGUAACAUAACCGGUCUUUGGCAGCAUUAUGAUUUUGAUUUAGAAAACGCAUGCAAAAAGGCUAUGUCAUCGACAAUAAUCCUUCCGUUUCGAAAUAUAUAUUGUUACAUAUGUAACAAAGGUAGAGUGAAUGAUUUAAAUGAUGUCUGCCGUAUUCGCAUACAUAUGAAAAAGGAUUUUCGAUUCGAAUUUUCUUUGGAGUUUUUCGAAAGUACAUUUACUAGUCAUGUCAUACAUGUCAAUUCUGGGAAUUAUAGGGACAUUUACCCACAGAUAGACGCCAACAAUACGGAAGAUUCCCCGAAAAUAAACAGAAAUCGUGAAGUCAAUGUGACUAAUCUUGCACGUUACUUCACGGCAUUUACAGGUAGACUAAACGAAGUGUGCACUAAUAUAGAUAGAGCAUGUGACUGUAGCGAUGACUGUCAUUUUAAGCCAAAUGGCUGCUGCAUCGACAAAGCUUUCCAGAAACAAACAAUUUGCUCAGAUGAAAUUGUGUCUGACCGCAAAACUUGUGUCCCAUUGUAUGCUUCUUGUUCUGAAGAAACAGCAAGAAAUGUAAGUGAUCUUUGUCAUAGAAAUAGAAGCAUUGAAAAUUUAGCAUUUCUACCAAUAGCUGUUACCAGUAGAGAGAGAGGAUAUACUCAUUAUAAAAACAGAUAUUGCGCUAUUUGUUCUCAUAAGAACGCACCAUUUCAGUUUCAAUCAUGGGAUUUGAUACUGAGUUGUGAUACAUAUAUAAAAAUCAGUUCCCUAAAAACUGUUUUGAAAACUUCAGACCUUGUGAAAUUCGCUGGAAAAAUAAAUGUAAAUUAUCAAUUGGACCACCAAAAUCUGUAAAUUCAAUGAGUAUUCAGUGCGUGGAAAAAAAAUUUAGCAAAUGUAAUGUUACGGGACUAUGGCAUAGAUUUGAUUCAGACAUUAAAUAUGUAUGUGAAAAUAUGAACGCUCAGAAAUUUUCUAGCAUUUUCUGUCUCAUUUGUAACCCUGAUCGCCAGAUUGAAACGUUAAUUUCAUCAUGCAACAUGAACAUGAAAUCGUCGAUGAGUGAUUAUUAUACAAUAGAACACCUUUGUUUAACUCUUCCUGCAAUUCCGAAUUCUGCACCGUAUAAAAAUGAGUUCUGUAGACGAUGUAAUGAAUAUGCAAAUCAUUGGUAUGCUGUUAGUUGGCUUAUAACAUCAAAACCCAAACAAACUGAUUUACCUACAUUCCGAGUUAUAUUUACAUUAAAACUCCCAAAGAAUGAAAACAAUUUGGACAGUUCAAAUGAAAGCAGUUGUGAGGACGUUUUUAUCCAGGAAACGGGUGAAUGUCGGAGCUUGAAGUGCUAUCCAGGAAGAAUUUUAAUGAAUGACGUUUGUAUUCCACUACUUCCAACAUCUACUAAUCUUGGAUAUAUAUUAGCCGUCGGUAUGAAAGGUUUACUGACAGAAACGAUAAACUCGACUCGUUUAUUUUUGCAAUCCAUUGAUAAGUUUUUUCAAAUGCACCUUUAUGGGAAUUUGGAACUCAAAAUGUCCUCUAGUACCGCGUCAUCACUUUUACUGACAGAUUUAAGCUGCGGCACUGGAACAAAAUGGGUAAAUGGCACUGAACUAAUUCUGUUUGGUCAGCUUACUAUUUUUAUAUCAGAAUAUGUCAACCGAUCUUCAGUUGAAAUAAGCCUGUUACAAAAUUUGAAUACGCAAUUUAACGUAACCCAUGAAGGAGCUACAUACACCUUUAAUACGUAUCCAGUCAGUGAAGCGUUCAAUACUUAUAGUUUAAUAAGGAAGAAUGGAUUUACUAACAAAUGUUUCAGAAAACAAACAUAUGCAAUGAGGUAUCGUGAAGCUAGUCCCGAUUUAUUUGUACAUUCUCAGGUUACAAAUCUUUUAACGUGCAUUCAGGUAGAAUUAAAAUCAUCAGAAUUUGAAACUGAUGGAUUCAGUAUGAAUCUUACGUUCUUGAAAAAUGGAUUACAGUUAACACAAGAUCAGUAUAUCUUAACAAGAUUUAAAACAGCAAGGGUAUGCUUGGACACAUUUGAAAUGUUGAUGUCGAUACGGUCAGCACCGAAAGAGCAAAUAGACUUUUGGGGAAUAAUUUUAAGAAUAUGUACAUUCGUUUCUCUAGUAUGUUUGUUUGCAACAUUCCUGACCUAUUGCUUGUUUCCAUCACUACGAACUGUUCCUGGAAAAAAUAACAUAUGUUUAAUAUUUGCAAUGUUCUGGGCCCAUACUAUUCUACAGUUAGGAGUUUUCGAGACCGAAUUACUAAUAUUAUGUAAAAUGAUAGGCAUAUUCUUACAUUAUUUUUGGCUGGUAACAUUUGGAUGCUUAAAUAUA